UUGGAUGUUAAAUCUGACGCAUGUGUAAAUGGGAAGCAAGCGCUCCAGUAUGAGCUGCAUUCAUGCUGUUGUGAUUGUGGCUUGCUGUUGGUUUAGUGCUUUAAAGAGCCUCUCGGUUGUCAAACUCAAUGCAACGUGUUAGUUUUUGGCCUUGUGUUCUCUGUCAGAGCUGUGUGAGGAUUCCCUCAGGCACAGAGAGAGUUAAAAAGGCUAUUUAGCCACAGCCUUUCAAUGUGAAUUCCCUUCGUGGACACGUUUUUUUUUCCCCCUGAACAUCAGUUGGAGCUCUGAAUGUAAGCCGUGAGAACGUGAUGAGAGCGAAACAGAAGAGCUGUGCUCCUUCAGCUCAUCCGCUCUGCUCUGGCGGACAGAAGAUCCUCACAUGAUAGUGCUUAUACAGACUGUAUUUUAACUCUGUGAACUCUGAAACAGCGUCUCAUGCAGCUGUGAAGACCUUUCUGUAGCGCUCAGGACACCCUCAAACAGUCCACUUCAGGUUGGAGUGUCUCCAGGAAGAGCGUUCCCUUGAUUCGUACAGUCUGACGUCCUGAUAGAGGUGCAAUGGCGAGGAUAUCCGGCUCUACUCACAUUUGCACGCUGGUCUUGUCUUUGUGCUUCCUGGUCUUUGAGAUUGUAGUCGGUCAAAUCUGCAGAUCCCUCCUUGUUGCGGUGGACAGCUUCCAUACGCUCUACAUUUUCAUAAAUCUGGCUCUAUCAGCGAUAAAGCAUCAUCCUGCUCCUCCCUGCUCACCUGCUCCCUCCACGACCGCUGGUUCAUCCCCUCCAGACGUCUCUGCUUCAGGAGGUCUGAGUCCCCCGUAUGCUGAGGACUACAGAAGGAUGCGUCUCAAACCCUUCGGCGUCCUGAUCUCGGCUCUGCUCUUGGCAUCUCAGUGUGUCUCCAUCAGUCUGGAGAUUCUCACACAUGUUGUGCAGCCAGAACCCAUUCAACACCCACUCCUGUCUAUCGUUGUCGGAGGAGCCAGUCUGAUAUUUAAUAUGCUCGUUUUGGCCUGGAAAAGAAGCAGCAGAGGUAUCGAUGAAGCUGAUGAUGGAAUCAGAAAGAGUCUGACGCCAAAUGACCCUCAUUCUACAAACGAAAACAAAGGAUGCGCUCUGGAGGAUGACGCACUGAUGUUCUGCAACCCUGAAGCAUCUCGGGUUCUGGAUCCAGAUCAAGGCUCUCAGUACGGCUCUUCUGAGCUACCAAACCCCAGCAUUACUGAACCAGUUCAGUCCAGUCAGUGUCAAACGUCUGAUUCCAGAAUCAGUGCGAUUUCACAGGAAAUCAUUCCAGAAGCACCACAUCACUCCUCCUGCACCGAACGCACCGUUCCUCGGUGUACUCCUGGAGGAUCCGGGUUCAGAGGAGCGCAGCUGGGCUCCAUCGCCGUGAUCCAGGAGCUCCUGAGUUCAGUCCUGGUUCUGUGUAAUGGUCUGGUUCUCCUGCUGUCUGCAGCGCACUGUCAUCGGCCUCACUCCGACUGUCAUCUGCUGGUGUAUCUGGACGCAGGGUUCUCCUCGGUGUGUGUGCUGGUGUUGUUGUCCGUGGCUCUGCCGAGGCUGCGGCGCUACGGGCUGCUGGUGCUGCAGGCGACGCCGGUGCAUGUCUCGGUCGCUCAGGUGCGGCUGUGCCUCGCUGAAGUACCGGGUGUGCUGUCGGUUCACGAGCUGCACGUGUGGCAGCUGUCCGAGGCGCUGCUGGUGGCCUCACUGCACGUGCACUGUCCGGACGGGCUGAACGCAGCGCAGUGCGCAGAUCUGAUAGAGAGGAUCACAGCAGUGCUGGCCGUUUUCGGCAUCAACCACAGCACCGUGCAGCCAGAGCUCAUCCGGAGCGACGGAGGCGGAUCGGGACGCGCGCUCUGCAGCCUGCGCUGUGGCCAGGAGUGUGUGGAGAAGCUCUGCUGCUCCCCUCGGGUGGACCAAGCCAGCUGUCUCGGGACAGAGAGGCCUGUUAGUGUGCAGUCCUGCUCUCCAGCGCCGCUCAGAGACGUGGUUAUCGAGAAUACACACCUGUGAUUACUGUACAUGACUCCAGCAAUAAAUACAUUCAUACUAUGUGAGGGGUGAACACUGAUUUAUUCACAGCUGAAGCACUGAGAGAUGACCAGGUCAGAUGGUGACCUGCUCCACAUAUUUAACCCUAUAAAUGCCUCUAAAUGAUUAGCAUGAUCAAACCUGUCGCACACAAUCUACUCCAUGCAUUCUGAUUGAUAGUUUAGACUUUCUUUAACAAGGCCUUUAGUCUAAUUGUACAAAUGUGCACUUUUUAUUAUUAUUAUUAUAAAGUAAACGUAA